UAGAUUCUGCAUCAUCUCGGAGAAAGACGUCUCGAAAGAGAGAGGUCAGUUUCAUACAACUAACCGCCGCGUACGCAUCUAAACAGAGGUGUCCGUUCCGCAUUCUCCUGUGAAGGAAAACUGGUCCUAUAGGACGUGCUAAUAUAAAAAGAGCGUGGGACACGAUGCAUUAUUCAUCGGGGAUUAGGCAAUGGACAUCGUCUUUAAUCCUGCUGCUCGUGACAGUUCACGUGACUUCAACGAGACAGCCGCAUAUCAUUUUUAUCCUGGCGGAUGAUUUGGGGUGGAAUGAUGUCGGCUUUCAUGGUUCCGGUCAGAUUCCAACACCAAAUAUCGAUGCUCUGGCAUAUUCUGGAUUGCUACUCGAUAGGUACUAUGUCACAUCAAUCUGUACACCAUCCAGAAGCGCUCUUAUGACUGGCAAAUAUCCCAUUCACACCGGAAUGCAACAUAGCAUCCUGAAAGGCGCAGAGCCUAGGGGAUUACCACUUCAUGAGAAGAUUCUGCCGGAAUAUUUGCGAGAGCUCGGUUAUAGCACACAUAUCGUCGGCAAAUGGCACUUAGGAUUUUACAAAAGGGAGUACACUCCUACUUAUAGAGGAUUCGACACCCAUAUUGGAUACUGGACAGGUCAUCACGAUUAUUAUGAUCACACAGCUGUUGAAAAUCCUUAUUGGGGUUUGGAUAUGAGGCGGGGUAUGAAACCGGCAUGGGAUCUGCACGGUGAAUAUUCCACGGAUGUUUUUACGAAGGAGGCAGUGAAACUAAUUAACAAUCACAACUCUAGUCGGCCGAUGUUCUUAUAUCUUGCUCAUGCAGCCGUGCAUUCCGGAAAUCCGUAUAAUCCGCUUCCAGCACCGGACGAAGAAGUCGCUAAGUUUAAUAAUAUUUUCGAUUAUAAUCGAAGACGUUUCGCAGGUAUAUUGAGUAAAUUAGAUCAAUCGGUAGGCCAAGUAGUUGAAGCUCUGUAUAAGAAUAAUAUGUUACAAGAUAGUGUAAUCGUAUUUUCGACGGACAACGGUGGGCCUGCCGCUGGAUUUAAUUUGAAUGCAGCAUCUAAUUGGCCAUUGAGAGGCGUCAAAAAUACUCUUUGGGAAGGUGGCGUCAGGGGUGCAGGAUUAAUAUGGUCACCCAGAUUAGUGCGUGCUGGUCGAGUAAGCAGACAAAUGAUACAUAUUACUGAUUGGCUGCCGACACUUAUAACAGCUGCCGGUGGCAAUGCAUCGAAUUUAACUUCGAUCGACGGUGUAAAUUUGUGGGAUGCGCUUAGCGAGGAUACCGAGUCGCCGCGAACAAAUAUUCUUCACAACAUCGACGAUAUUUAUGGCGUAUCCGCUAUUACAGUCGGUGAUUGGAAAUUCAUUCAAGGAUCCACUUAUAAUGGAGUAUGGGAUGGAUGGUAUGGCCCAUCUGGCAGGGAAUGGAUCUACGAUGCGGAUGGCGUGAUUAGUAGCACGGCAGGACGCGCUAUUGCCAGUGUGGGAUUGAGUGUUACUACGGAAAUUAUUUCGUCCUUGCGCGAAAACGCGAUGAUCAAGUGCCCACCAAGAAAUGAUAGCUUGCCAAUCUGCAGACCGUUACAAGAACCGUGUCUCUUUAACAUCUACCAAGAUCCUUGCGAGGAUAAUAAUCUUGUUAAACAAUUCCCCACGAUUGUCAGAAAACUACAGGAAGAGCUGAAGAAGUUCAAUAACACCGCGAUUUUGCCCGGAAAUCUUCCAUGGGAUAGUAAAGCCGAUCCGAAUCUGUGGGAUCAUACUUGGAAUAAUUUCGGAGAUUAUAUUAAUAAUGUUAUGAUGAGCGCUGCGGCUUGAUUAUAAUAAUGAUAAAUAAAUUUUAUAUUUGCUCACUAAAGUGAUGUAUAAUAUAAUACUUACAAGGAUUACACUUGAAAAUGCUUAUUAUAUUAGUUU